AUGACCUUGGUACUCAAAGCAGUCCGUCUUUUUCAACGUAUAUCGUGCAGCGUGCGUAUGGCUAGCACAUCUUUGAUUAAAGAAGGCUGUGCGGAAGUCAUGCUUCCAGAUGGCGUGUUUUACAAUCCUGUACAAGAAUUUAACAGAGACCUUACAAUAGCUAUAGUAAAUCAGUUUGGAAAGUUGCACAGAAGAGAAGCUAUUCUGAAAAUGAAGGACAAAAUGAGUGAAACUCCUGAUUCUCCUUGUGGCCUAAAGAUAUUGGAGGCAUUAGCAGCAUCCGGAAUUAGAUCUGUUAGAAUGGCUCUCGAAGUUUCAAAUGUAUCGAGUAUUGUUGCCAAUGAUCUUAGUCCAGAGGCUGUUGCUUUGAUACAGAAGAAUGUCGCUCACAAUAAUGUGGAGAAUAUUGUCAGUACAGUCUGUGGUGACGCUGUCGACCUUAUGCAUCAACGUCGGUCAUUUGGCGAAAAGUUUGAUGUGGUUGAUAUCGACCCAUUUGGAACAGCAAGUCCGUUUUUAAACACGGCCGUCCAGUGUUUACGGAGUGGUGGACUUCUCUGUGUCACUUCAACAGAUUUGGCAGUGUUAUGUGGGAGCACUCCUGGAACUUCGAUGGGAAAAUAUGGUGGGAUGGCUAUUAAAACAGGCUCUACACAUGAAGUUGGAUUACGAAUACUUUUAAAUGCUAUGCAGUUGGCUGCAAGUCAGCAUGGUAAAGUUAUUGAACCUUUGUUAUCGUUGUCAGUGGAUUUCUAUAUUCGUGUAUUUGUACGUGUUUGGUCUAGUCCGAUAUCUGUAAAAGCUAUUGCAGCUAAACAUGGUAUUUGUUAUAUUUGUCGUGGAUGCUUAGCCCAUCAUAUACAACCUCUUGGAGAAGCAGUUAAUACUAGUAAAGUAGUUGCCGCAGCUCUUGGCCCACCUAUAGGACCUCAAUGUAUAGAAUGUGGUUCGAAAUUUCAUGUGUUUGGUCCUAUUUGGAUUGGACCUUUACAUAGUCGUACAUUCCUACAUGAGUUUCUCUCGGAUUUAGGCUACCCUCCCAAAAACGUCGACAAUGGUAUAUCAAGUUGUUUGAAUGGUGAAAAUCAUUCAUCUUCAACACAAUUGGACAUAAGUAAUGGAUCAAGUGAAUCAAAAGUUGAGGUAUCAACUCAUAGUCUAACGAAUAAAAAUUACCGCACAUUUAAACGUAUCAUCGGUAUGGUUACUGUGGCGUAUGAAGAACUUCCAGAUGUUCCUUUAUAUUACAUAAUUGAUCAAUUAGCAUCAGUUUUUGGUUGUACCAUGCCUAAACAACCAGACUUAUAUUCUUGUCUUCUGAAUGCCAACUACCGUGUUUCUUGCUCGCAUGCUGAUAAAAAUUCUCUGAAAACAGAUGCUCCGCAUUCAUUUGUACUCGACUGUUUUCGAUCUCAUUGUGAUAGAACUGGAACAAACUGUAAAAGAGAAAAACCUGACCUUGAAUCAAAUGAUGAUGAUGAAGGAGAUCCCGAAACAGAAGUAAACGCAACACCAAAGGUCAGUGUUCGAAGCAGAAGACGCUUCAGAAGAAAGAAGCAUGCUGAUGGUAACUUGAAAAUCUCGUCGAACAUGGAAGAGACAAAUAUUGGAUCGGAUAGUAAUGUUUCACAUAGUCAAACAGUACGCAUCAGCUUACGAACCAGACCAAUUAAUCCAUCAGUAUCUUUCACUCGUCAUCCGCUUGCUGAACCUCCAUCAAAAAAUGAUGGUCUAGUUAGAUAUCAGAUAAAUCCUGAAAAAAAUUGGGGUCCAAAGUCGAGACCGAAAAUGAAGAAAACAUCACCUUGA